GGAGUAGACAACAUCGGUGGAGUCAUGCUUCACACGGCCACAUCAUUCUGGCAGCCAUUCCUAGGUCUGGCUGUGCUGCUCAUUUUCAUGGGGUCUACCAUAGGCUGCCCAGCCCGCUGUGAGUGCUCUGCCCAAAACAAGUCUGUUAGCUGUCACAGGAGGCGCCUGAUCUCCAUCCCUGAGGGUAUUCCUAUUGAAACCAAAAUCCUGGAUCUAAGCAAGAACCGGCUGAAGAGUGUCAACCCUGAGGAAUUCACAUCCUACCCGCUGCUCGAGGAGAUAGACCUCAGUGACAAUAUUGUUGCCAAUGUAGAGCCUGGAGCCUUUAACAAUCUUUUCAACUUGCGCUCUCUGAGACUGAAAGGAAACCGUCUGAAGCUAGUCCCGCUAGGGGUAUUCACAGGGUUGUCAAACUUAACAAAGCUUGAUAUAAGUGAAAACAAGAUUGUCAUUUUGCUGGACUACAUGUUUCAGGAUCUGCAUAACCUGAAGUCCCUUGAAGUUGGGGACAAUGAUUUGGUUUAUAUAUCCCACAGGGCCUUCAGUGGACUGCUUAGCCUGGAGCAGCUCACCCUGGAGAAAUGCAACCUAACAGCUGUACCAACAGAAGCCCUUUCCCACCUUCACAACCUCAUCAGUCUGCAUCUGAGACAUCUCAACAUUAACCUUUUGCCUGUGAAUGCCUUUAAGAGAUUGUUUCGCCUAAAAGACCUGGAGAUCAACUAUUGGCCUUUACUGGACAUGAUGCCUGCCAAUAGCCUGUAUGGUCUCAACCUCACUUCUCUCUCAGUCACCAACACCAACCUGUCUGCAAUACCUUAUUCUGCUCUUAAACACCUGGUGUACCUGACACACCUAAACCUCUCCUUCAACCCCAUAAGCACCAUUGAGGCAGGCAUGUUUGCAGACUUGGUGCGUCUGCAGGAAUUGCACAUGGUGGGGGCCCAGUUACGUACCAUUGAACCACAUGCUUUCCAAGGGCUCCGGUUCUUGCGUGUACUUAACGUGUCCCAGAACCUGUUAGAAACGCUAGAAGAGAAUGUAUUCCAUUCCCCUCAAACUCUUGAGAUCCUCUGCAUUAACAACAACCCCCUGGCUUGCGAUUGCCGUCUCCUUUGGCUAUUACAAAGGCAGACCACCUUACAGUUUGGUAGCCAGCAGCCCAUGUGUGCCGGCCCAGACAGUGUCAGAGAGAAGCUGUUCAAAGACUUUCACAGCACCGCCCUUUCCUUUUACUUCACCUGCAAGAAGCCCAAGAUACGGGACAAGAAACUGCAGUACCUGGUAGUGGAGGAAGGACAGACUGUGCAGCUGGUGUGCAAUGCCGAUGGGGAUCCUCAACCUACCAUCUCCUGGGUGACGCCGCGACGGAGGUUGAUCACAACUAAAUCAAAUGGAAGAGCCACGGUGCUGGGAGAUGGCAUGCUGGAGAUCCGAUUUGCUCAAGAUCAAGACACUGGGAUCUACGUUUGUAUUGCAAGUAACGCAGCUGGGAAUGACACAUACUCAGCCUCCCUUACAGUAAAAGGAUUCACUUCAGACCAUUUCCUUUACGCCAAUAGGACCCCUAUGUAUAUGACAGACUCCAAUGACACCAGUUCCAAUGGAACCAAUGUGAACACCUUCUCGCUGGACCUUAAGACAAUACUAGUGUCCACAGCCAUGGGCUGUUUCACAUUCCUUGGCGUUGUUUUAUUUUGUUUCCUACUUCUUUUUGUGUGGAGCCGAGGGAAAGGCAAGCACAAAACCAGCAUUGACCUUGAGUAUGUCCCCCGCAAAAACAAUGGUGCUGUCGUUGAAGGAGAGGUUGCUGGACCACGGAGGUUCAAUAUGAAAAUGAUAUGAUGGUCUACUGCUAGCAGUGCUUUUCCUGUGGCAUUAUAACCAAUUAAACAAGCCUGGCAUGUGCAAUUGCUAGGCGGAGGCAGCUUAAUGCAGCUGUCACUGUGUCAAAUGGUUAUGUGGAAAUGGAAAGACUAUUUGAGGUUGUACAGUAGAGCCUCCUAACCUUGAGGCACGUGUGUCAGGGCCUUUCAAAUAGUUGGUAAACGGUACUAAUUGUUUGCAUUGCAAAUAUUGGCAUUCUGGGGAUCUCAGUAAUGAACUGUUGGCUCAUGUUCAUGGACAGUUGUUCAGCAUUUUCUACCACUACAAAAAAGAAAAAGAAAGGAAAAAAACCUACAGUGUAGGAUUUACAUAUUUAAAAAGACACAUUUGUCUAAAACAUACUCUACAGUGAAAUUUGUAUCUAUAGAUCUCAUUUGUUAAAGCCUUGCAUCAUACCUU